CACGCAAGAAGUUGGACAUGUCUUGCAGUGUGAUAGCUGGUCUGGUGUUGCUGCUCUCAGCCACCUCAGUGGUUGGCACAGGAGAUGCUAACUCUACUGAGUGUGUGAGUCAGCAGGAGCUGGCUGCUGUGAAGGCAGUGAUGGAGAGGAAAGUGGACCAGCUACACUCACAGCUACACUACUGGCAGAGUGUAAAUGUUGACAAUAUUUAUCGAAACUACUGCAGCUCUUCCAAUGACUCAGGCUCUCUUGUACCUCCUGUAGUUACUGAAGACAGGAAGAAUUGUGGAGAGGAUUCAGCUGUGAUUGCUGUCAACAGUAUCUCUCCUUCUGAUUGUCAGUCUCACCAUAGCUCUCGUGAUCCAAUGUGUGCUCAUCAUCAGAAUGAGGAGCUUCGGAACAAAGAGCUCCAAGAAUGAGAGCGACCAGAUCUAUGACGAGAUUCCUGCCGUUACUAAGGCAACUGAUGUCCACGUCUCACUUAAUGAUGCCUAUGCAAUGGCCUCUCUCAGAAAGAAUAGUAACAGCUCGAUCUGACACUAACAUUAAUUCACAUUAAUUGUGUAUUGAGCAGACUGUUCAUGUUAUAUUUUCCCUUGUUGUCUCAUAUGAUCAACCAGCUGAUGAUGCU